CUGCGCCAGGAAUUACAGCCCCAUCAAUUGUCUGAGGAGCCUGAGGAGUGGAGGAAGGAGCUGGAGCAUCUACCUGCCUAUAAAGUCACUGGAGGGGGGUGUGAAUACUUAUGGGACAGCUACCUGCCUAUUAGGUCACCUGGAGGGGUUGUGUAUCCUCAAGGAGCAGCUUUUCUUUUGGAAGGUCCCUUGGAUUGGAGGCGAGAAGGGCAUCUCCUGGAGAAUGUAAAGGGAUCCCAGGGGCCCCUCCAGCACUCAGCACAGCGGACAGCUCCCCAACCCCCGCUAAUGGACCCGCCACUGCCUGCCCCUGUAUAAGAGCAUCAUGAUAGCGCCCCCCAGAGAUCACUGUCUAUAAGGAAGAAGCGACGUCAGCUCAUCCGACGACAGCAUGGGCCCCGGGAGUCUGGCAGCGGCUCUGUGCUACAUCAUGUCCUGCGCCCUGACAGUAUUAUGUAUGGAGAGGACCCGAUCCCACGCCGAGGAACGUCUAUUCAAGAACCUGUUCAGUGGAUACAAUCGGUGGUCCCGGCCGGUGCCCAAUACCUCAGAUGUCGUCAUUGUCAAGUUUGGCUUAUCCAUCGCCCAGCUGAUAGAUGUGGAUGAGAAAAACCAAAUGAUGACGACUAACGUCUGGCUAAAACAGGAAUGGAACGACUACAAACUGCGAUGGAACCCAGCGGACUACGACAACGUCACCUCCAUACGAGUCCCAUCGGAGAUGAUCUGGAUACCGGAUAUUGUCCUCUACAACAAUGCAGACGGGGAGUUUGCCAUCACCCACAUGACUAAGGCUCACCUAUUCCACAACGGGAAGGUACAGUGGGUUCCUCCUGCCAUCUACAAGAGCUCCUGCAGCAUCGAUGUCACCUUCUUCCCUUUUGACCAGCAGAACUGCAAGAUGAAGUUUGGUUCGUGGACAUACGACAAAGCCAACAUCGACCUGGAGAGCAUGGAGCGGAACGUGGACCUGAAGGAUUAUUGGGAGAGUGGGGAGUGGGCCAUAGUCAAUGCCGUUGGGACGUACAACUCUAAGAAGUACGAUUGCUGCACGGAGAUCUACCCCGACAUCACCUAUUUCUUUAUUAUUCGGCGGUUGCCUUUGUUCUACACCAUCAAUCUGAUCAUCCCGUGUCUUCUGAUCUCCUGCCUUACCGUCUUGGUCUUCUACCUUCCAUCGGAUUGUGGGGAGAAGAUCACUUUGUGUAUCUCGGUUCUCUUAUCUCUUACCGUGUUCCUCUUGCUGAUCACGGAGAUCAUCCCAUCCACCUCUCUGGUGAUCCCAUUGAUCGGGGAAUACCUGCUCUUCACUAUGAUCUUCGUCACCCUCUCCAUAGUCAUCACGGUGUUUGUGUUGAAUGUCCACCACCGCUCACCUAGUACUCACAAGAUGCCUCUUUGGGUGCGUUCUGUCUUUCUGGAUCAUAUCCCAAGGUGGCUUUUUAUGAAAAGACCACCCGCUCCCGUAGAGGAGAUUUUUAGCCAGUACGACCCUCCGGAACUUAAACUCAGCACCUCCAAAUAUUGGAUGGAGACAGAUGUGGACGAGAAGUGGGGGGAACCGGAGGCUGAGAUGCCACCUUGCCACUUGCACCACAUCUCCAACCACAACCUUCAUUAUCGAUAUGACUAUAACCACCCGGUGCCUGGGGGGCAGUGUCAGACCCCUCGACAGAGCAAAGUGGAGAAUGUGGAAUCUAAUUUCUUGCUGUCACCGAGUAUUUUAAAAGCUUUAGAAGGCGUCCACUACAUAGCAGACCACCUGCGGGCCGAGGACGCUGACUUCUCUGUAAAAGAAGACUGGAAGUAUGUUGCGAUGGUGAUUGACCGGAUAUUCCUCUGGAUGUUCAUUAUCGUGUGUUUGUUAGGGACGAUCGGAUUGUUCCUUCCCCCGUUUCUGGCCGGGAUGAUAUAGGAUUAUUUUUUAUCACUUCUUUCGGCAUGUGGAGGACUCUGCUAGUCACAUCUCAGGCUCUUUUACUGGGGGAUUCCUGGAGGAAUGAGGAGACCGCUAUGAUAAUGGACGCUUGCUCAUGAAUUAUAAUAAAUCGUUGCGAUUAAUAAGAAACGGUUCCUCUCUC